AUGAUGAUGGGAGCCAGAGAUCUACUCUUCAUCACCAUCAGUCAAAAUGUCUCUUUUAUGGGAAAGACCUGGUGGAUGCUGAUGCUGGUUUUACGUCUUCCAGUCGUCCUUCUGGCCGGGUUCACGCUCUUCAGUGACGAACAGGAGACAUUUGUCUGCAACACCAUCCAGCCGGGCUGCUCCAACGUGUGUUUCGAUGCGUUUGCUCCGGUGUCCAUCUUCCGUCUGUGGUUCUUCCACCUCAUGUUCCUCUGUCUUCCUCAUGUGCUUUUUGCAACCUACGUCAUGCAUAAAGUUUGGUCAAAUCCCCAUUUUGGAGGUUUCUACUGCGACAGGAAGAGGGGAGGUUCACCUUUUACUCUUGAGAACUCCUCGAGAGAAGUGUCCUUGCACAAAGCUCCACUUCACGACCUGCCACAUGAUUUGGGAGCGCCGCGCUUCUACUGCACCUACUUCCUGGUUGUUAUUCUACGGAUCGUUCUAGAAAUGGUUUUCGGUGCAUGCCAGUUUCUUCUCUUCGGUUUGUCCGUUCCUAAGAGCUUCCUGUGUUACGAGACUCCCUGCAACUCUGGGGUCGAGUGCUACAUCUCCAAACCUACGGAGAAGACUUUAAUGCUGAACUUCAUGCUGGGUGUUGCCUCCUUGUCCAUUCUGCUAAGUUUGGUUGAUCUGGUGAGCUCCAUGAAGGCCAUGAUGAGAUGGAGAAGGCACAGGGAGAUGAUGAUGGACGAGAUGAGUAAAGGAGAGCAAAGCAGUGUGUUCACAACAACAACUACAACUGAAGACAGCGAUGUUGUUAUAACCAGGAAAAUCAGUCGCUGUGAAAGCUCAAAGAACGGUUUUAAAGAUGAAAGACAUGCAGUGCCAAACGGCGAACCUCUUCACAAAAAGGUGAAUAAUGGAACCGCUAAUGACAAGAGUCCAGAGAACAAAGAGGGUCAGAUUGAGACGAGCCCUCCAAUAUCAACUCACUAUGUCCUCCACAGCCAACUGAGACCUCCACAGUCCCCUCGUCCUGAGAGAGGACCACCAACAAACUCCAGGAUGCAAACACCUGUGGCCGUCAGAAAGCAGGUCACUCCAGUUAAGGAAAACUCAGGACAACAGUCUGAUAGCAGCGACAAUCAGGACAAGAGGGCAUGGGUGUAA